AUAAGCCCAAAAAAAUAAAAAAUGAACACUUGCCCAUCCCCUGAACUAAAAAAAAGCCUGCAACGUAGAAAAAGAAGUUUCCAUGAUUUCCAAAAGUGGCCCUAAUCUCACGUGUCUUUCAAUGUCGUUAAGAAUUUCGGUAGGGUCAGCCACCUACACACCCACAAACACUCCUCCCUUUCAUUCAUAACUCCCACACCCUUCAUUUUUCCCUUCCUCUUAAUUCCCUAUUUUCUCUCUCCUACCUCGAACUUGUCGAUGGCGCCUCUCAACCUUCGACAAUCAUCAUCACCUGCGCAAACCCUUUCCUCUUCGUCGCAAGAUGCGCGUCUUCUCGUCAGGGAAACCAUUCGAAUCAGCGCCAGUUUAGCCUUUGCUCCUUCGUCGCCUGCCAAUUCUCCGCCUGCUAUUCCUCCCACUCUUCCUGCUGCUUUGGAGAGCAAGAAUUUGAGGCUAGGCCUUGUUGAAGAUGAAUACAUUGAUUCUAAUUUGAGGUUGAUUUGUUGCGAAGAGAUCGAUGGUCGUCGUUGGAAAUAUGUUGCUGAGAAUGAUCCCUUCGGAAAUUUUAAAAAGGGCUCUAUUCGUUCUGUUUCUUUGCAGACUCCUCUUUCUCCCACUGAUGAAUUAGUGUCAUUUAUACGAUCCUAUGUUGUUCCUGAAGGCUUUCCUGACAGUGUCUCACCUUCAUACGUUCCAUACAUGACAUGGAGGGCACUAAAGCAUUUCUUUGGUGGAGCUAUGGGUGUCUUUACAACACAAACACUGUUGACUUCUGUUGGAGUAUCUAGAAGCAGAGCUACUCCUGGUGCUGUUGCUAUCAAUUGGAUCCUUAAGGAUGGUGCUGGCCGGGUUGGAAAAAUGCUCUUUGCUCGACAAGGAAAGAAAUUUGACUAUGAUUUGAAGCAACUUAGAUUCUCUGGUGAUCUAUUGAUGGAAUUGGGAGCUGGGAUAGAGCUGGCAACUGCUGCAAUGCCAAAUUUGUUUCUGCCUUUGGCUUGUGCUGCCAAUGUAGCUAAGAAUGUUGGUGCUGUUACUUCAACAUCUACUCGUACUCCAAUUUACAAAGCAUUUGCUAAGGGUGAGAAUAUUGGAGAUGUUACUGCUAAAGGCGAAUGUGUUGGCAACAUUGCAGAUCUGUUGGGAACUGGACUGAGCAUCAUGCUUUCGAAAAGGAACCCAUCUUUGGUUACAACAUUUGCCUUUCUUUCAUGUGGUUAUGUUCUGAGUUCUUAUCAAGAGGUGAAGUCUGUUGUACUACACACGCUGAACAGGGCAAGAUUUACUGUGGCAGUGGAUUCUUUCCUUAAAACUGGGCGUGUUCCUUCUCUGAAAGAAGGAAAUUUAAAGGAAAGUGUUUUUUCAUUUCCAUGGGUACAUGAUAGCUCCGUUCAACUUGGCUGUAAAUUCAAGGAUGCAUUCCAAGAUCCAGGUUUAUAUAUUGCACUAGAGCCCCUCUUUGAGAGGGAGAGAUAUGUGGUGACCUACAAUCCUGUAAAGAACAAAGUAUGUGCAUUGCUCAAGGAUCAGGCAAAGCCUGAAGACAUCUUAAAAGCCGCAUUCCAUGGUUAUGUACUUAAUUAUUCUAUUCGAUCAUCAGUAAAAAAGCAGAGUGCUUCUGGGAAGAAUCGUGGGCAUGAUUACUUAGGCACUAUAGCCAUGCCUGGAAACAUUGAGUCUCUUGUGGCUGAAUCCUGCAAGAUGGUUUCAUCUACAUAUGGCCUGUUCAAAUAUAAAGCUGCUGAACAGGGAUGGGUAAUGUCCGAAUCACUUCUUAAUCCUGGGCGUGCCCGGUUGUGUCCAGAAUAAGGUUAAACCACUUGUUUCAUGUGAUGGAAACUAAUUGAAAUCUUGGCUCGGAAUAAACCUUGUCAUGAUAAUGGAUGCUUGCAUGACAUAAAGAAGUCCUCAUUGGUCAUGACCAAGGUUCAGGUAGAAUCUGUUGCUGCUAACAUGGUGAUUGAUGUUGCAACCUAUAUAAUGGGUUGUCUUGGGGAUAUGGUUGUGAUCUGUUGGAAGUUUGAUCUUUCUGAUCUAGUGGAAGUUCGUAGAUUUCCACAUUUCAAUAUUUAGAUGUGAGGCCUAAAAGCAGCAAUAUGGUUACGAAAGCUGUUUUAGAAUGUAUAUUUUUUAAGCUUGUCUUUCCCCCUCAUUGUAUCUAUUGCUUAGUUUGGUAGUAAUCAGCUGUGUUCGAAUGUAAUACACAAAGAUGUUGCUGGAGGGUGGGAGGGCGCACGAUUUUGACAGUGCUGAAAGUUACGACUUUUAAGGUAGACAUUUUGGAUUGGCUUUUCUUUUUAAGGAGAAUGGUGAUACAUGUUUGUCUACUUCCAACAUGAAGCAAUUGUAAAGAACGAUCAAGAUGGAAAAUGGGAAUAACGGGAAUAAGGAAUGUAAGCUAUUUUAAUAUUUAUACAACCAAUUUUUGAUUCCUGUUCUGUUGCUUUCAGUCCAGUCUAUAUACUUUGGUAAGGAUAAUGGAGUUUAUCAAUUUGUUUACAGCCCUUUGAUUGGUAGGCAUU